CUCUCUCCCGUGCACACCACUCCUCUCUCUCCCCCGUGCAGCUAACCCUAGCGCUCCCCGAACCAGAUCCCUCCCCUCCCCAUCCCCUCUCCGUCAUCCACCGCUGCUCGCCGCCAUCCACUGUCGCUUCCUCCUCUGGGCCUUCGACGCCAUCGGCCUCGGCGACCUGCUGGAUCUCGGGGACGAUCACCCAGCGCAGGACCACAUGCGGCUCGGCGACCACGCCGCCGCCGCGGAGGCGCUGCUGCAGUACCUCCUAAGUGGACGGACCCGCUCAGUGGCUGCCAUCGUCGCCUCGCCGGACAGAGCACCGUUGCCGCUGCCAUUCUCGUCGUCGUCGCGCACGCGCUUGACGAGGAUGAAGGGCGCGGCAUGCGGGAGGUCAAGAAAAAACCUAAAUCGCAGCAAGAAGGCGACGGUGACGGUGACGCGCCGAUGGGCAACGUCGAAAGCAGCGCCUGCCCCAGCCUGCCACCGCCGCGGCCUCAUAUACACGGGGUGCCUUCGCUGUACUACCACCAGUACCCGCUAGGGCGUCCGGGCACCGCCGCGCCGCCGCCGGUGUCGUUCCCCAUGCAUGUGGAGCGGCACAGGGCCGUUGCGGUGAGUGCUGGCGUCAACGUCAAGGGGCAUACCAUGCGGCUGGAGCUCAGAUUUUUUGUCGCAGCAUACCCUCCCCCAACCACCGCCGUCGUCGCCCUCGUCGCCGUCGUGUCCAAGGCCGUCCGUCGCCGCUCGCGGCGCCCGCAAUGUUGCGGGGGAUCCCGAAGCGGAGGCGCCAGCCGUCCCCUGUUGCCGCUGCGGGGGAGCAGAAGCUUCUUCCGAGCGAGCACGUCGAGCUUAGCGAAGUCGAAAUCCGCACCACCGUCAUCGCCGGGCGGGCCACGCAUUGCUCAUGCGCGCCUGGCUCGCCUGGGUUUGAUUUCCCGUGUCUCCCAUGUAGUCUAGUCUAGUGUGGUUGGCUUUGAACAGAGUCCUGCCUUCGUCAGAUGACCUGUGCUAAUGUGGUUAGUUUUGGUAGAACGCACCGGUGAUUGUUGUUUUGCGCGAUAAUCGUGUGCAGAUGGGAGCGAUUGAGAUGGCAUCUGUCUAAAUGAUUUAAGACUGUCGACACAAAUAGCAUGUUUGGGUCAAUCUGCGAUGAACUUCUUGUUAAGUAAUGGCGUUAGUUAGUGCAUGGUUGCGCCUGCAUGUGUGCCAGUCGCCUAAUUAGUCUGCCGAUGUAGUGACAUGCUAAAAGAUCCUUGCUUUGCUGGUAUACCCGCCUGGAAAAUUGUUCUCAAUCAUGGGUUCUUGGUUGUUGCUCGACUGACUGAAUGUUAUUAUUGGCCUCUCA